AUGGCAACAGUCAGUCCUUCAGUCAAUCGUUCAGGCAUACGCUUAGAAAAGAAAGAUUUGUAUAUGUUUCUAGCUCGUCUUAUGGAGGAGUCUCCAGAGUGUCAUGCCCCAUCUGAUGAGAAAGAUCAAAAGCAAAUUGUUGAAGAAUUAAAGAAAAACUUUGACUAUCAUGAGUGGAAACAAACAAAGUGUGAAACUCAACCUAAAUCAGUGCCCAGUGACUCAGAAGAGAAUGGAGGAACAGAAGGAAUGAAUGAUGAAGGUCCUCUGGCUCCUUACCUGAAGAAAGAAGACUUGUGCAUGUUUUUAGCUCUACAUAUGGAAAAUUCACCAAGUGAAUCGCAGAAACCCCCUUACACAACUGGAAUCGUCGUCUGUGAAGCAAGCAAGCCAAAAAGGAUUAUUGCCCUGGGCUGCUCAACAGAGGAACUCCAUGCUGUGCCAAAAGUGCUGUUAAGGUUUCCUAAUGCACUGAAAGGCUGUGAGGUUUACAUGUCCAGGAUGCCUUGUAAUAAUUGUGCAACAUUGUUGGUUCAAGCACAAGUCUCACAAGUGAAUUACUGGCCAAAUUUUGAAAGUGAAAUGACAAAAAGGGAGUCAUUGAAUGAUUCAGUAAAACAUGCUCAAACCAUCUUUACAGAAAGCUAUGUUGUUGCAGCACCAAAUGUGCCAAAAAUAGACAGUCAAAAAGAGAUGCAAAUACUUAAUUCAAACAAAGGAGUGUUUUCUGAUGAUAAUCUAAGCCCUGUUACAUCUGUAUUUGAUGUUACAACAAUGGAUAUUGAUGGAAAUAUUUUAAAGUACUUGAACUUGGAACACUUGAAAAAAUGCCAACAGAAAAAAGACCAACUGGAAGAAUAUAAAAAAAAUCUUACUACAGCAAAGAACUGUUUUCAAACUCUGGCAAGGUGCAAAGAUGAAAAGAUAAUAAUCUUAAAAUUAGAAGAGAAGAAAUACAUUGAAAUGAAUAAUCCCAAAUACACCCAUGCCAUACAGCUCUGUGAUUUAUUAGCAUCCAGAAGUGACAAUAACAAUGGAGUGGGGACAGUGAUUUACAAAGAAGACAACAUUGUUGCCUUGGGCUACAGUGGAUAUCCAAAAGGGGCAAUGAAUAGUUUAUUUUACAAGAAGGCAGAUGUUGAUUUUGACAAGCAUGCAGUUGUAUGUGCAGAAGCUAAUUCAAUUAUUAUGAGUUCUGAGAGAGAUCUGUCUAAUGCUGAACUCAUCACUACACGUGAGCCCUGCGAUGAGUGUCUGAAACUGAUCUGGGCAAAGAAAACAGCAAGAGUCAUUUGGCCUCUGCGAAAGGGAAAUGUAGGUGGCGUUAGAGAAGGUUAA